GGGUGCCUACUAUGGGGGAGCAGGGUAGUAGUCCCCCCCCCUCUACAGAAACGGGUCUUGGAAUCACUCCACGAAACACACCCAGGCAUAGUGAGAAUGAAGGCCCUGGCCAGGAGCUACGUAUGGUGGCCGGGGAUGGACGGGGAGAUAGAGAACUGGGUCCGGAGAUGCAGCACAUGCCAGGAGUCGCGGCCGGAUCCACCCAGCGCCCCGGCUACACGGUGGGAGACCACAAGGAAACCGUGGUCCCGGCUCCACAUUGAUUUUGCCGGGCCGUUCCAGGGACAGAUCUUCCUAAUCAUUGUAGAUGCAUACACAAAAUGGUUAGAGGUCAUCCCCGUAGGGUCUACCUCGUCAGCAGCAGCCAUUAGAGCACUACGCAGGGUCCUGUGCACCCACGGUAUUCCGGACACCAUAGUCUCGGACAACGGGGCAGCGUUCACCUCGGGGGACUUCCAGGCGUUCCUCCAGAGAGCCGCGUUCCUCUUCGACAACCGGGUCAUUCCAAACCCAGUCACCGGGGUCAGCCCAGCCGAGCUCCUCAUGGGACGCAAGCUCACCACAAGGCUAGAUCGGCUAAACCCCGACAGAGCCCCCGACGUGCGAGGGUCCCCGGAGGUCAGAGACGCGGCUAGGGGGUUCUUCGCGGGGGACCCAGUGUUCGCCCGCAACUACGCUUCAGGCCCAGAGUGGGUAGCCGGGCGGGUACUACGGGUCGUGGGUUCCCGCCACUACGAGGUAUCCACCGAGGGGGGCCAGAUCCUACACCGGCACAUCGACCAGUUACGCUCCUCACAGGUGGCCCACCAGUUCGUCUUCCACCAGAGGGACCAGGCAGUGGAAGAGACAGCCGCCGACUAUCUGGUGGCUCUCCGCCAAAUCGCAGGCAACUGCAGCUUUGCACAGCUGGUGGAGACCCUGGCGGACCGUUUCACAUGGGGCCUGUGA